CACCGCAGAUCUCGGCUGGUGGUUCUCACAGAUCUGAACAUGUGAAAAGGAAAGACGUGUCCCUGUCCGAAAUCUCAAGGUUUAAUAAAUGGAUUAUGUGACUAAUCCAGAGUCACAAGUACUUUCAAAACUAGACGCACACACUGAGGGCGUGUCCUGGUCUUUGCUACGGCAGCCACAAUGGGCCAAACGCGUUCGGAGCUGUCGCACAGCGAGACCGCCAAACGGCUGCGGAUCCACAGAAUUCACAACAAAGCAGAGAGCCGGCGGAGUCACCAGCUGAACCGGAGUCCGACCAAACCCUGGCCGCCGUCUGCUGUGGAAUCGACACAGCGGGAAUCCGGAGAAGUAAAAUCCUGUUGUGUAAAGAAAGCGGCGGAUUCAGCGAGGCGCCGAGGACAGAAACCGAGCGACACGCUGGUGUCGGCGGCCGCAGAGCCCACGGGAGACCCCACGGGAGACCCCACGGGAGCCCUGGGUUUAUUGGACAGAUCAUCCCGUCGCAAACAUCAGAAUAAUGUGAACUCUUCGGACCGGUCUGGUGUGGAAACACGGAGAACUGAGUCUAAACCCGGCGGAGGGGACAAUGCCUCGGACCCUCCGGUCGGAACCAUGGAAGGUCAACCCGCGGGAGGAGACCAGCACCGCGCCGCGUCCGGGGGAUCACCGCCGACUGAUCUGAGUCCAGCCCCGGACACGCGCCGGGCUUCAGCAUCGUGGUGGCUGCACCCAGAUCAGCCUGUGUCCGUCAAUCACACGGAGGGCGAAAUGACCAAAACUGACCGCGACACAGUUUCCCGGCGGGCCGGAGCAGAAAUCAGCUGCAGCCCACCAAAUGGUCCUGAUCAAACCCCACAGAGUGCUUCAGGAGGAGGCCAGAGCUUCCCAGGAACCAUCCCCAAGCUCAUCAUCACCCGAGACCCCAGUCCCACCCGCAUCUCGGACCCGCUGACCGUCCGAUCGGAGCUCUCCCCCGGCUCGUGUCUGGAUCCUCAUCACGACGACGAGUCUCCGUGCUCGGACAGCGGCUGCGGAGGCUCCCCGGCGUUGAUGCGCUCCCCGAGGAAGCUGUCCAAUUCGUCGUCCCUCGGCCUGUCCUCCGCCUCGUCCUUCGAGGAAUCAGAGGACGACGUCGCCGGAAGCGACAUCGAGUCCAGUCUGUCCCCGGGCCGGCUUCAGUCCCCGUGCAGCUCGGACGAUGGCACAGCGAAUAAGUCUUGGCAGAAGCUGAAGACCAUGGUUCACUGGUCUCCCUUCGUUGUGUCCUUCAAGAAGUGUUACCCAUGGGUGCAGCUCACUGGCCAUGCAGGUAACUUCCAGGCUGGGGAGUUUGGGCGCUUGUUGAAGCGCUACUGUGAGUGUGAGCACCAGUGCCUGCAGAAGCUGAUGACAGAUACUCUCCGCCCCUUUGUGCCUGGUUACUACGGAGUAGUUCAGCGGGAUGACCAGGACUAUAACCUGAUGGAUGACUUGCUGGCUGAAUUUGACUCACCCUCAAUCAUGGAUUGUAAGAUGGGCAGCAGGACAUACUUGGAGGAGGAGCUCAUAAAAGCCAGAGAACAGCCACGUUUGCGGAAGGACAUGUAUGAGAAGAUGGUUGCAGUGGAUCCAGAGGCCCCUACAGAGCAGGAGAAGGCCCAGCAGGGGGUCCUCAAACCCAGAUACAUGCAGUGGAGAGAGACGCUCAGCUCCACAUCCACCUUGGGCUUCCGCAUCGAAGGCAUGAAGAAAGGUGAUGGGACUUGCAGUACCAACUUUAAGAAGACAAAGCAUAGAGAGCAGGUGACGCAGGUGCUGGAGGACUUUGCAGAUGGAAACGCUCAGACAUUGAAACUCUACGUGCAGAGGCUGGAGGAACUGCGCUCGGUUCUGGAGCAGUCCUACUUCUUCAGGACACACGAGGUGGUGGGCAGCUCCCUGCUGUUUGUGCACGAUGCCUCAGGCAAAGCCAAAGUUUGGAUGAUCGACUUUGGCAAGACCGUUCCCCUGCCGGCUCCUCAGACGCUGGAUCACAGGACUCCGUGGGUAGAGGGCAACCGGGAGGACGGAUAUCUCUGGGGACUCGACAACCUCAUAGACAUCUUUAGCAGUAUGCUGCUCCCACAGUCAAUUUGAGAGGGAGCCCGACAGCGAAAAACAAGAUGUUGAAGACAUGAACUGACAGGCGGAGGAAUGUCAAGAUGAUAGUUUUCUGAUCUGCGUCACGCUGCAACACGUGUGUGUGUUGGAGGAGCAACAGAGGAUUUUGCCAUGCCAAACGCCACCAUCCUGCCUUUGUGGAAUUGGAGAUAAAGGUGAGAGUGGAGAAACUGAUACGGUUGCAGUUUAUUUCCUGAAACUGUGGGAUGUUGAUCGAACACUGUCAGAAGAGGAGGCUGUGCAAUUGCAAAUGUUGCCUCAGGCUCUGUAUUAGGUUACGGACAUCUGAACUCCUGCCCCCAGAUAGACACAUGCAGUGAUUCCUCUCUAUCGCCCUCUGCUGGUUAGAGAUGCACAUACCUCUGUAGCAGCCAUGAAAUUGUGUUAUUGAACUUUUUUUUAAAACAGCUUUUGAGGAACUUUGAGGAACAGCAGUUUUAAUUUUUUUGUUCGUCAUGGACCACUUGAGCUUUUAGUACAAGUACAUAGCAACACUAAAACACUGAGCGGACUUUUAGUUAACUAACCCUGCAAAUACAAUUUUAUUUAACUUUUUUCAGCCUUGUUCAUGGAAUUUCUGUGCCUCACAUUUGUGGAGGAACUGACAAUGGUCUUCCAAAGAGUUCACCCAAGUAUGUGACAGCUUGCAUUGUGCCAGACCUUCAUAGACACUGGUGUUUUCUAAACUGGAUUAUUGUACGAGAAUAUUGUGAAUAUCUGUUGCUUGACAGAUGCUUUAAAUGCCAUUGAACAAAACAAGCUGUGCCUCUUAGCACCUUAAGACGGGAAGCAGCACCCAGAUCCUGCAACUGACUCUGAUGUCAUUACGCUUCAUUCAACACCACAAACCUGUUUGUGUAAAAUUAAGAGCGCCCUGAUUAAACAAGUUAGUCUGUUCAGACUGUUGAAAGAGUGUAAACCUGCAGUCUGUAAACAUCUUCCAUAAUGCACAAUCAGAGCCAGAACUCUGCUUUUACAUGACUGUGUUGCAUCUCUCAUCCACUUACAUUUGAUGAGUUUUGUCAGUUUGAAUUAUUGUGUUUGAAAUCGAGUUUACAAAGGAAAUGGUAGCAUUACUCUUCUACGGAGUUGGUAAUGCUGAACAUGUUGUUCUUUGGUUGGAGUGAGACAGAUCACUAAACUAAAGUCUUCCUGAGAGAUUUAAAGAGGUACACUCAAGACGUUUCAACACAAGUGCCGCAAAUAUGUGACUUCACACAACUGGAAUUCUAAUUCAGGAAUUGUUUUUAUAGCUUUGAAAAGCAAAUGCUGGGAAAAAGAGCUGGUUUAGGGUUUAAAAGUAUUACAUUUCUUCGCCCAGUGAUCUUUUAUUUUUGUAAUAUGACGAACAGGUUUUCAAACUGGGUGAUUUACAUGUAACAAAACUGGAUUCAGAACCAUAUUUUGCAUGUUGAAAGUGCAAAACAAACAGGUAUAAAUUUAUAUUAAGUCCUUCCUUUGUACACAAGGUCAUGGAUCAUAAUAAAUUGGAAAUACCAGAUUUCGCCAGAGUUUGAACUUUUGUACUGAGACUGUCUUGAAAAGCCAACAAAAGCCAUCCACUAUUUUCAUAAUUUGUCAUUUUUUUUAAAGAUGAAUUUGUAUGUUCCAGCCUCCUAAAAGUGACAACUUGCUUGUUUUCUGCUGUACUAUACAGUGUAAAUGAAUGACUUUAAAGCAUUGUACAAGUAUAGCAUGCAAAUCAUGAAUGUUAGAGUGUAAUAAGAGCAUUUGAAAAAUAUUCUUACCAUUGCAUGAAAGGACAAUAUUCAUUAUUUGUUUUAUGUGACACCUAAAUAUAUGUUUGUCAUUCGAUAUUUAAAGUUAGACAAAUAUUUCUUCUCAGAGCACAUAGUCGAAAGCAGCAGGGCAGCGAUGGCUCUGCGUGUACAGCAGUAGACACUGCCUGGCAGGCGCGCCGCCUCCACCACACUGCUGAUGAACACAACAACCGCUGAGGAUCGAAGCAGUGUGUGUAGUAGCACAUCUGCUUUCCUCAAUCUUGUGACGUUCCCAAUAGGAAUAUGUCCCAAUUGUUCACCUGACAGCGCUUUUUUGGUCAUGCAAGCUUCUAAUUGGCUUAUGGUGUACUGAAUUUAGCUUUGUCUCAUCAAAGGUGCAUUUUUAUGAAAAGAUAGUGGAGUAUGCAUGGGACAAAAAUGCAUGGUAAACUACAUCAUAUAGUGGAUUGUUUCUCUGUACAAUUUGACAUAUAAUGUCAUGUGACAUACAAUCAAAUGACAAGCAUCUAUUUAAGUGUCAUAUAAACUGAUUUAUUUACCUGCUUUUUAAACUUUCAACAUGUUUUAAGCUGUUUUAAACCAGAUGUCUUACUUGUAGCUAAUUGCAAAAGCUCUGUACUAUAAGUCAAUGGUGGGCACAGCUAACUGAAAUGUUAGCUUUGAUGACUGCUAAUCUGAUAAUUGAAUGUUUACCUGUGGUAAUGCUAAACUAAUAAGUAGCUAUUGAUCUUCUAAUGGCUAUCAAUUGGUUAAAUAGCUAAUCUGCUAACGAAAAUGGUAAUUUAGCUAAUUAGCAGAUUAUCAUAACUGUGCCCACCAGUGCAGAAAGUAAAAUGGUUUAAAGGUGAUUCCAUCCAUUUUGCUAAUCAGAAAUAAAAUUUUCUUGGAUUAUCUGGUUUAAAAACCUUUCAAGUCAGUUUAAAUAGGUUCCAAGCAGCUGUUUGUUCUGUAUGGAUUGCAAAUGGUACUAAAAUGGGAAACUGGUUUACAUUGGACUUAAAUUUGCUUAACUUUUUAACGGUUCUGUAUUUUUGGAUUUUGUCUAAAAAAAAAUAUCUGGGCUCUGGAAUACUGAU